AAUAAUUCUUAUGAAGGUCUGUUAAAAUAACCACUUUCUCCAUGCUUUUAUUUUGAUACUGUAUUUUGCCGUCAUGGGUCUUUUAUUUUGACGCAGGAAGUUUGAAUCUACAGUAGGUAACUUGACUUGAAGGAGAUCGCGCGAAAAGGUUAUUACGUGUAAUUACGGAAGGAAUUCAGGCUACAAACGGUUGCUCUGCAUAACAAUUUGUAGUAAUUAAUAAGUGCCUAGCUGGAAUGGGAACAAGCUCUUACGGUGUUUAUGAAGAAAGAUGUGAAGAAAGGAAUAUUUAUGCUCAAAACAAGGCUGACGGCUGAACGUAAAUAAAGGCUUCUGAAACAUCUGUAAGCUUCACCAUUGUCCGGCUGGGGUUCGCUACAGUAAGAGCUUGACCCACAUCGAUUCGACGACUUUUUGCCGCCAUGACGGGUCACGACGGAGGGUCUUCACUGCAUGCCUGCUGCUGUUGCUGCUACAUCGCCCCAUGCUGUUCACAUGGAGUCAUCGAGCAGCACAUGUUCCUGCAUGUCAACGCAUGAUCCACUACGGCAAUCCGGGCAGCGGUCUCGUGGAUUCGGUGCAUUGGUCAAGUACAGUCGCAUUCAUUGACGCAGAACUGAGCAUUACCCAAUAUCAUAUGGUCUACGGUACUUCCAAUGAGGUGAGCUACACAUUAACAGCUUCUUGAACUGAACCAGAGAACAUUUAAUGCUCACCUGCUCAUCUGCAACGAAGGAACUGUUGAUACGUUUAUACAGACGGACACAUUCAUGUGGACUCUUUAUAAUUAAGGACAUUUAAAAAAAAAAAAAAAAAAAAAAAAAAAAAAAAAAAAGGGGGAAAUUGAACUGCAUUUCAUGCUAUCUGAAAAUUUUGCUUAUAAUGUUAUUUACCUGAACAUUUACAGUUAUUUGAGUGUCUGCACAUUGAUGUAACUGCUAGUUAUUUUUGUACUGGGGUUCUGAUAUUCUAUGUUUAAACUGCUUAAGAGUUCGAUCUUAUCUGCUUCAGGGUUUUCAUCUGGCUUAAUAAUUCUGAGUUAGGAGUUGAUAAUGUCAAAGUCAGGUUAUGAUAGUGACACAGAGGAGCAAAUGGCUGGUUCUCAGCAUGAAGUUCAGGAUUUGCAGAGGGAGCUCCACUCAGUGGCAGACUCAUCAUGCCUGAAGGAAACGACUGAAGUGGUGGAAGAAGGUCAGAGUCAUCUCCAAGGUAAACUGGAUGACCCACCUGGAGGUCCCAGACGUUCCGAACGUGCACGGAACCCUACCGAGAAGAUGCGUGCACUACAAGCGGAGGAGGCCAAGAAAAUGGAGAAAGGGCUGCUCUCCAUGUACGAGCAAUGGAAACUCAAAAUACGAAAAGCAAGAGAUCAACUGAAGUCCUACAUGCCAGAUGAUGAGCUCUGGCCUCUCGUGGAAGAACUUAGGAAAAGUAAGGAAGACAUAAUGAACAUAUAUUCUGAAAUGCGAGAUCUUGCCACACCUUCCACUGAUAUCAGACGACGAGUCGAUACUUGUGAAUCAGUCACCACAGAAAUCAUUAUCAUUGCCCACAACAGAGCAAUAGAUGAUGAAGUUGAGUUUAACGAGAAGCAGGAAAGACAUCGCCUUCAUGAACUCCUCCACCGUGACUAUGCAAAGUCUGUCUAUGGAUCCGCCGCGUCCUUGACAAGUCAUAGCAAGUCUGACCAUAACUCCAUGACUUCCUCUAUGGCGGCCAAGCGUGCGGAUGCAGCAGCAGAACUAGCAGUGAAGGAAACCAAUUAUGAGAUGAUGAUAGCCGAAGAGAGACAAAGGGAAGUGAUUCGAGAGUUAGAGGAACAACAGAGGAUAGCUCUAGAGGCACAAAGGUAUGAGUUGGAGCGACUGCAGGCAGAGAAGGAAGUGCGAGCAGCUAAGGCCAAGCUGAAUGUGUACAAUAAGGAGACAGAACAUAAAGCUGCUGACUGCAUCAACAUUGAAAAGGAUAAGGAAGCAACGAACGUGCCUGUAACUGCCGUCUCGCCAUCCAAUGUUGCAACACCCUCUCAUAAAGACAUUUCCUCACUGGCUCAGUUCUGCUCAAAGCGAAGAUCAUUCUUCAGGAGAUGUGUAGGCGAGGCACAGGCUGGGACGAUCCUCUCCCUGACGAGCUCCGUCCAAAAUGGGAAAAAUGGAGAGAUGAUCUAG